UGAUACCAUGCCCGAGUGUGGAGGAAAGGAAUCUGUUAGCAGACACAGCUAUGCUCGUUGAAAAAAACAAAAAUCAAAAACCGAAAGAUGAUCUGAGAAAGAUUGUCACCGACGGCCUAUUGUCUCUCGGCUACGAUUCUUCAAUUUGCAAAUCGAAAUGGGAGAAAACUUCAUCAUUUCCUGCUGGUGAAUACGAGUACAUAGAUGUGGUGGUGGAAGGGGAGAGAUUGUUGAUCGAUAUUGACUUUAGAUCGGAGUUCGAGAUGGCACGGGCGACGGGGACAUACAAGGCGAUCGUCCAAUCGUUGCCGUACAUCUUCGUCGGAAAACCUGAACGGCUGGACCGGAUCGUUUCGAUCGUGUCGGAGGCGGCGAAGCAGAGUCUGAAGAAGAAGGGCAUGCACUUCCCUCCCUGGAGAAAAGUGGAGUACACGCGCGCCAAAUGGCUGUCUCCCUACACCAGAGCUUUCGAAAAAGUCGCCGCUUCACCAAAACGCGAAAUCAAAGAACCAACCGACUGCGGAGAGCUGGACUUGAUCUUCGGCGAGGAAAUUCCACCGGCAGAAGAAAUUCCCGGUGAAUCGAUACCGCUGUCCCUGGUGAAAAAUACCUCUGAUGGUGACGUGAUCGCUGCGACAGCUUCAUCCCCAUGGCAACCGCCGGCAGUCAAACCGAAAAGUGUAGAUAGAGGAGCGAAGAUGGUCACCGGACUGGCUUCUUUGUUGAAAGAGAAACCCUAAAUGAAUUUUGGAAUUUUUUAAAUCUUUUUUCCCAUAAAAUUCCCAUCGGAUAUUAAAAUAUGGAGAAAUAUAGAAUAUAUAAUCAGAUAAUAUUACGAUCUCUCUUUAUUUUUUUUCCUCUUUUAAUUUAGUAUUUUUUCUUCUUCUUUCGGUGGAUUUUUAAGUCAGUAACUAUUAAAAAGUAUGCUGUUUU